AUCAGGCCCGUUCCAUGACUACUCUAUUAUAGCUUCAUUCCAAUUUGAUACCAUAGACCAAACUUGUCUCCCAGUCCGUUUCCAUUUUUUCCUAUAAUAAUGAAGCCGGCGAACACAGCUCAAACCCGUCUCGAGAACCGAAUCAGGGACUUGAAGCUCGACCGGCUCACGGCCAACCACCGCCGCCUCACCCUCAUUCUCGACCUCCACCGCCUCGUCUCCGCCCGAAGGCGCGGCCCCGUCGUCUCCGUCCACUCCCUCUCCAAGUGGGCGCCACACGCCGGCAUCAAAACCCUAACCGCCGGAGCUCUCCUCCGGAAAUACCCCCAUGUUUUCGAGGUAUUUACCCGCCCUGCUUCUCGUAAGCUAUGCUACAGGUUUACUCCCAAAUUCACUGCCCUAAUCGGAGAAGAAAAAGCUAUAAUCUCUCAAUUCAAACACGAAUCCGUCGCCCGGAUCCGGAAGCUCUUGCUCAUGUCUGUUAAUGGGACUCUUCAUUUGCAUUCACUUUGGCUAAUCAGAAAUGAAUUAGGGCUGCCCGAAAAUUUUCGUGAAUCAAUCAUCAAGAAGUAUGAUACCGAUUUCAAAAUGUUGGGUCUAGAGGUUGUGGAAUUGGCUGCUAGGGAUUGCGAAACUCCCCCGUUGGCGGCUGAAGUUGAAAAGUGGCGGGAAAAGGAGUAUACGGACCGCUGGCUAAGCGAAUUCGAGGUGAAAUAUGCAUUUCCUGUGGAUUUCCCAACAGGUUUCAAGAAACCAGCAGGGUUCAAGGAGAAGCUGAGGAACUGGCAGAGGCUUUCGUACGUUAAGCCUUACGAGAGAAAAGAUGUGGUAAGGGUGAGGAGUUGUGGAGGGGUGGAGAGGUACGAGAAGCGCGCCGUGGGAGUCAUUCAUGAACUCUUGAGCUUAACCAUGGAGAAGAUGGUCCCCGUUGAGCGGUUGGCUCAUUUUCGCAAGGACCUAGGGUUCGAAGUCAACAUCCGCGAGUUGCUCUUGAAGCACCCGGGGAUUUUUUACAUAUCUACAAAGGGGAGUACCCAGUUGGUUUACCUGAGGGAAGCGUAUAGCAAAGGGUGUUUGGUGGAACAAAACGCAGUUUAUGAGGUAAGAAGAAAGAUGUUGGAGUUGAUCUUGAUGGGGAGACGUAAUACUAGAGGACUGGUGAAGAACCUCGAAAAGGAAGUGAAGGAGGAGGAUGACGCGAGUGGUAAUAAUGUUAAGCUCAAAGGGGGCAAAACAAGAAGCGCCGAAGGUGACUUCGUGAUUCAAAUUCUUGAGAGUGGUGAUUGAUUCACUCAUCAAUGCUGAUAGCUAUUGAAGAACAAAGUGCAAAAAUGAUUGCAGAAAAAUGUCUCUUUUACUUCAAAUGUGUUUGUUGUCUACACUAUGGAUGGGGAGGUUUUACCAAGUUGUUCUUUGGAUUGACACCAAGUUCUUCUUCUUUGGAGGUAUAGCCUGCCUAUCCAGAUUCUUCUUUAUUUCGAUGAAGUGCUAGAAAACAAUGUCGUUUAGCAACGCCAAGAGUAUGUUCUCGUAGGAGAUCGGUUCUUAUGUAGGAGGGUUCUCAACUUCUCAUUGUGUUGUGUAUUACAUAGUAUACUCCAUAACAUUUUUGUAAACUGUUAUGAUGGUAUUGAUAUAUGCUUUAGCGACUCGAACAAAAGUUUAGACAAAUA